CUGUCAGCUGCGCUCGCGCACCGUUUCUGACUUUCCCACUCUGUCCCCGGUACCAUGGCGUCCAGCGAGGAGGACGGCACGGUUGAGGAGAAGGAAAACAACAAUAAGAAGAGAUCGAAAAGUGCCAUCGCUAUCGCAUGGCUCACAUUUUACAACAUCGCCAUGACGGCCGGGUGGCUGGUUUUGGCUGUGGCAAUGAUGCGCUUCUACAUGCAGAAAGGCACACACAAGGGUCUGUACAAAAGUAUAGCAAGGACACUCAAGUUUUUCCAGACCUUUGCUUUACUUGAGGUGGGACACUGUGCGAUCGGGAUUGUGAGGACCUCGGUAAUUGUAACUGGGGUUCAAGUGUGCUCAAGAAUUUUCAUGGUUUGGUUCAUCACCAACAGCAUCAGACAGAUCCAGAACGAAGAAAGCGUUGUCCUUUUCCUGGUCGUAUGGACGAUGACAGAGAUUAUAAGAUAUUCCUUCUAUACAUUCAACCUGCUCAACCACCUGCCCUACUUCAUCAAAUGGGCCAGAUACAACCUGUUCCUCAUCCUGUACCCACUGGGUGUGGCUGGAGAGCUGCUGACUAUCUACGCCGCCUUGCCUUACGUCCGUAGAUCAGCUAUGUACUCCAUGAGGCUCCCAAACAAGUACAACGUCUCCUUUGACUACUACAUCUUCCUCAUCAUUGUCAUGCUGUCCUACAUCCCACUGUUUCCUCAGCUCUACUUCCACAUGCUCCGUCAGAGGAGAAAGAUGCUUCUCGGGGAAGUCAUAGUGGAAAAGGAUGACUAGCUGAUGCCUUACCUGGUCUUUACGUUUGGGCCAGCCAGCCUGCACAGCCUACCCAAGCCCACCCGACCCCACCAGUUCUGCAACCCUGCCAACCUCUCCUCUAUGUCCCACUAUGCCCUGGGAGAACCAGACUACAAAGCACCAACUUGGAUUAAACACAAUCUGGAUAUGAUUACUACUACACAUGGAGACACCACAAGUCUUAACAGGAGUUAAAAAAAAAAUAGUACAGCCCCCCUGAAAGUUAUCCUCAACAAUAUGAAUCACCACGGACAAACAACAGGGAUCCAUUCAUUCGUGACAGCCAGGACGUUACAUAUCAGGAGUAAUCACCAUCUGAAUGAUCUCCAUGGAAACAGGAAUAAACAUACAUUGUAUUACUGGAAUAAUAAAGGAUCACCAAGGAGUCUCCGGCACUGUGUGGAACACUUCCUGACAGUCUACUGUUCCUCCUCAGCCGCUGUAAAGAUAUAUACUUCUGGUGAGUCCACUAACCAGCCUGUCUAAUCACAUUGGAGCCCCUCUACAGCCUGAUAACAACCUACCAGCCAGUCAUCCUGAUACACAACCCCCACCCCACCACCCAAAGCCCAGCAGCAGCUAGAUAACCUGUCAGAUAGAGGGAUGUAGACAAAAGGGUGAACGGAGAGCAGGGAAGAGAGAGAUUAGGUUCCCAGCAGUUUACUUAUUUUACCGAUUGGCAACUCAUUUUGUAAGUGUUUUCCACCAGUUAUUUUUUAUGUAAAUAGCAUGUGGCAACCAUGACUAGACAGUUAACAAGGUUAUUAUUAAACUAAUGAUACCUCAACAAUAAACAGACAUUUGGGUAA